GUAAAUCUAUGCUGCAAGAUAAACCUGGGCUUGGUAUAUUGAUGGAAGACAAACCUGUGAAGAAUAAAACUAUGAAAGAUGAAUAUGUGAAAAUUAUAUACAUGAAAACCAAGCAUGUAAAAGGUGAAGCUUUUGAACUUUUGGAAGACAAGUCUAAAGAAGACGAUCAUGUAGAAGUUGAACUUGUGAAAGAUAAAUCUGUGGAAGGUGAUGAUGUAGAAGUUGAGCUUGUUGAUAUAGAAGGCGAAGUUAGUGAAGCUGUAGAAGGCAAAAAUACGAAAGGCAAAAAUAUGAAAAAUAAAACUAGAGAAAUUAAUAAAG